AAACUAUUUACAGGACAUACACAAAACCCCAUUCUCAUUCACAAAAAACUCGUACCGAAAACAAGACAAUCCAUUCAUAAAUCUGAACAAAAACAAACAAAAACAGAAACAAACGAGCAAAAAAAAACACGGUUCGAGCGCGAGAGCCUGGGAAUCCCCGUCCCAAAUAGUCCCUGCGCCGUGGCCACAGGAGCGUCCGGCGAAAGCGCUUGCAUAAUGCGUGCAAAGGGGAAACUCUACAUAAUUUUCCGGGAACAAGCCCUGGAAUAGGACUCACUGCCAAUAUCAGGAAAAAGGGAAUCCCCCCUUUGCGUCCCAGGUAAAGGCCCUGCAAACAGCUGCCGGUGACGUCACAGAGAACGGAUAUAAUAGGAGUGCACUGGGACACCUUCACUCAGUCACCUCAAGACUACACUCGAGACACAGACACUGAUAAAGCAUCCUGAGCUUAACUAAGUCCUUGUCGGUCGUGCGAUACCUUACUUUUUUGUGACAGUUUCCAGUUUUCAAGACCACACCUAACGAAACAAGAUGGUUGUCCCUGAAAUGAACCUCGAAUUCCCAUUUUCUUCGGGCCUGAUCAUGUCAGCUGUGUCGGAGGAGAGGCUUCGUGUCAGGCGAUCCGCCGGCGCCCGCAGCGUGUCCUACGGCUCCAGCGGCUCCUUGAAGCUGAGGCUGAAGGGCGACCAAGGAAACUUCCUGAAGGUGACGCCCGACGGGGCCGCCCUCGCCGUCGGGACGCAGCAGAACUCGGAGACGGUGUGCUUCACCUUCCACACCUUCAGCCCGUCGACUCCCUACCCAGAAGGCAACGGGGUCAUGGUGCUGGAGAGUCCACUUGGCGGGAAAUUCAUCCAGGGGGCGACAGGCGGCUCGGUUUCCCUUGUGCAAGGAUCGAGCAGUGACCUCAGCGCAGUGCAGGAGGUCGACGGCCGAUUCUUCCUGCUGCACAGCGCCCCGGGAGACAUGUUCACGAAGAUCAAGCACAUCCAGACGGGGCUCUUGCUGUCGUCCAGCGGAGCCGGGAUCUCCCUCGUCGCGGCUGACACGAACAGCGACAGCGUGCUCUACCAGACGUUGCCUUGCAGCUCCUGAAUCAGCUCUCAGCCCGCGGAUGUUGCAUCCAGAAUACUGAUGUUACCUGAUAUGUUUAACUACAGUCUUAGGAUAUGCAACUGAAAUACUUGUGGUAUUUCAUUCAAGUUCCUAGGAUAAAUACAUUCAUACAUGCCAACAAGCAAACAGACACACACAACAAACAUAACAACGUGCAUAUAUGAAUGCAUAUGUAUAUACACACACGUUUUGUAUAUUUCCAUGUAAUUCUAGUAUUUAUUUGUCAUAUUUAAAUCUGAGAUUACCUAUUUAUUGUGCAUAUAUUAAUAUAAUCCUAGAUUUUAUUUAUUCAAACAUUAUUUAUUGUGCAGUUCACUGUAACUCAUUUCAAGUAUCCAUGUAUUUUCGCAUUCAUAGUAUCUAUAUAUUAUCAGAUAAUUAUAGUCCAAUUAUAGCAAACAUCUAUUUUUGUAAUAAUUCAGAUAUUUAUUACCUAAAUCACUCUAAUCUCAGUUCGUCUUUAUUGUCACUUCUGUACUUCAUUUGAAUUUCAUUUUAAUUGUGCCAUCGCUGUAUUAUUCUGUUUUCUAUUAAAUCAUUGAAAUUA